CAAAUCAAAUGGCAUCAAGGUUAUACAGUAGAUGAUACAUUCUUUUAUAACUCACAACAGGACGUCAGUCUGCAAGGCUUCACGUCACGAAUGUAACAUGAGCGCGGAGUUGCGAAAAUCUGCUGGCUCAGACAUCAAGCGACUGCAGGAGAUGGUGAAACGGCUUGAAGAACAAAAUGCGCAACUAAAGAGCACGGAUAGUCGGCGUGUCCCCUCGAACAGAAUCAACGACGAUAACAUGGUCAAAGUCAAGUUAAAUUUGGAUGAUGUCCCAUUAUUGGACUUGAACGCUAUGGUAGAGGAAGAUGAGGAUACAUGGUUAUAUGUGUCUCCAAGCCAUCCACCCUCUGUAGAGCAGAAGAGAGUAAGUCCUUAUAAGUAUCUGAAGGACAACUUGGAUGUACCUGAACUCAAUAAAGUAAGAGGCUCUCUUUUGGCAAAAUUGGAGUCUAUUGCAGCACAGGAAGAGGCAUUGUCUAGAUCUCCCCCACAUACCAGUGUAGACUCCCAUCACAAUUCAGUGCAGCAACAACCUGUUCAUGAUGACAGGCAGCUGAGUGAUGAUAGUGACAAUGAUGAUGAACAUGUUCAAGUAAAACCAAGGAGACGUGUUCCUAUGGCAACUGCAAACCAGGAUGAUUCUGACUUGACUGUACGAGGCCCUGUGAGAAGAAGGGGAACACCAUCAACAGGUGUGUCUCAGACCUCAAGGCCCAUUAAUAAUGAUAGUGACAGUGAUGUUGACAGUCCACCAAGCAGACCUCAGAGACGUGUUCCAGCAUUUCACUCCUCAAGCCAGGAGGAUUCUAGUCUGGUGGUAAAAGGCCCACUGAAAAGAAGAGGACCAUCACCCCAACCAAGAACAUCCUUAGAUGGAACUUCAUUACAAAGUGAUGACAUGGGUGAUGAUGAUGGCAUUGUUCCACAAAGGCGUGCUCAAGUAUCUCAAGAUCAGGAAGACUUAGUAGUGAAAGGGCCAUUAAGGAGAAGAGGAGCUCCUGCACAAGCAAGACAACCAAUAGCAGCAGGUCCAUUGAGAAGGAGAGGUGAAUCCCCACAGCCCAGAGCUUCAUUGGAUACUGCUUCACUGCAAAUUGAUGACAAUGAUACUGGAGGUGUAGUUCCACAGAGACGAGGCCAAGUAUCACAAGAUAAAGAAGACUUAGUGGUAAAAGGAUUAGUGCGCAGAAGAGGUGCACCUCCACAGGCCAAACAACCAAUGGCAACAGGAGCAAUCCAAACAUAUAUGCAAGCUGAUAGUGAUGAGGAAUAUGUUCAACCCAGGAGACGUGUUCCAGCAACCAACAGUCAUCAUCAAGAUGAUUACAAUAAUUCUUGGCAGAGAGAAGACAUGAGACCAGACGAUGAUGUUCCCAUAGUAACAGCAGUGAGAAGACGUGAACCAAAUCAGGUCAGGAGACGUGAGCCAUCAGCCCGAUCACGGGUAGCGGAGGAUGUUGAAGUACGCAGGCGCAGUUUACCUCAAACUCCGACUCACACAAGACCUGUUCCAGGCCAGGUUACUGCCAUUAGGCGACCAAACACACCUCCACACUCACCGUCACCAAGGAAACCGGUUACACCCAGAGCUGGUCAGCUAGCAGCACCGAGGAGAAUUCCAACGCCUCGUGGAGUGAGCCCAGCGAGAUCCAAUGAUGGCGAGAGUUGGAGCGAAGGCUUUUACUAGCCACACCUUCCAGGAACGUUCCGGGUCACUUUCUCCGUUAGUUUGUUUGCUGCGGACUUAUGCCAUUUUAAGUUCUGGUGAAGAAGAAACUUUAUUUGUUUUGACAAAGUUUUUAUUGCUUUAAGGUUUAAGGGCAACUAAGGGUGAUAAUGUCUGUGGUUGGUAUUUCUGUUUCUGUUGCUCUUUUUUCUGACAUUUUUUAAGAUUACACAUUAGAUGCUUAGUGUUUUGAUAGAGGCGCAUAAAGGCCCCAUGUAGUGGAUGUAAUGACCACAGUGAAACUACGAUGAUGGAGUUAUUGCCGUGAAUGGCAAUUUGGUUUCGUUUGGUUUUAUUUUACUUGCGAGGAAUGAGCUGGGCACGUUGAAAACUUGAUGUUUUUUGUUUUUCCUAUGAAAGGUGGGUUACAAACACUCCAUUUGGUUUUCUGUCAAACCCAGUGACCAUUGUAGGGUUAUUUUGUAAAAUUUGUACAGAUUUCAUAGUCAUUGGUGCAGCUGUCGUGUCGCGCUUGUCCACGCAGGUAGUCAAUCAAGUCCCGUUUUUUUCCUGUACAUGAAUGGGAAAAGGAUUUGCGUUGCACUGAAUAAUAUUGAAUGGAGAUCCACUUGA